AUUCAAACAUAAAAAAUGUCGGCGAAUGAGCUUAACUUGUUCGAUAAACAUCUCCACGUCCAAACUGUCAUGGCAGAUAAAGAAGGUCUUUUAGAAGGCCAACUAGAUUACGUGCCUUCCGAAAAGAAUAAUUUCAAAAGCAGAAUCAUGUCAUUGACGCUGUCAAAUGUAUCUGCUAGAGAAUGGUUCCACAAAACUAGGGAGAGUGUCAAGCCUUGGACAGAAUUCUUGAAUUCUAAAAAAUUUGCUAUCCCAAAAACAGUGGCACCACUUCCCAAAAGAAUAGUUAAAAAUAUUGAAGCAUUUCAAGGCAACUACUUGUUUGUUUUUUUGGGCCUUGUUGUUGUUUGCAUCAUCACAUCUCCUUUGUUGCUGGUUGCUAUUGCAGCUUGUCUUGGUGCUUGUUAUAUCAUCAGCCUUAAAAAUCAGGAACAAAAAAUUACAAUUAUGGGAAGAGAAGUAACUCUAGCCCAACAAUAUGCUGCUGUUGGUGCUCUUUCCUUUCCUCUCUUCUGGUUAGCUGGAGCUGGUUCUGCUGUCUUCUGGGUAAUAGGUGCCUCUUUCUUUGUCAUCAUGCUCCAUGCAUCAUUUUAUAUGACUCAAGAGGAACAAGAAGGCUUUGACUUAGAACUGGAUGAUAUACAAACUGUAUGAGAGGCUUGUGUUGACAAUGAAUGAUCUUGUAAAGAAGCUAUUGCAAUCUCACAGUUUUCUCAAGCAAUGUUUAUUCUCUAAAUAAUUAUAUCACCAGAUCAGUUUCCCUUUGUAUUUUUAGUCUAUCUUCUUUAGUAAUACAAAGUACUUUUUUUAGAUUUACUUCCAAUCACAAGUAUUACAUCCAUGUGCAAAAACAAACAACAGUAUUUAAUAUAUAAACUUAAUUUUUUUUUCUCAAUAAUUAAAUAAGCUGCUAUGUUUAUAUCCAAUAUUUCUAAUGGUUUUCAAAAAGUAAAAAUUAUUGAUAAUUACCCAGAACUACAAAUGGAGAGAAGGAACCAGUAUGUAAUAUUGUUUAUUUGUAAAUAAUGUGGGCUAUUCAUUGCUAGUACUUAUGAACACCAUAUUUGAUGAUAUUGAAUCAUUUCUUCUUAAACCUUGUGAACCUUUUGACCUGGUAUUUGGGUUAGUGAGUUACAAAUCCAUGACCUGCUAAGAAAUGCAAUGUCUGAUUACCUUUAUACUGACUGUCUGUAUUUGAAAUUAUUAAUGACCAUUUGAAAUUAUUAAUCACCAUUAACUUGCUAAGUUAUAGUAUGUAUAUUGCAUUAAACAAAACAAAAAAGAAUUAAUGCAAACAGAAUUACCAAAAAUAAAGAUGAAGUCUUAAUUGUUUAGCCAAUCUAUAACUGAAAACAUAAAAAUACAAUGAAAGUAAAAUAUAGCUUUUUGAGUUGAAUUUGGAAAUAAAUAUCUUACAAUGUUGAAUCAGAAUAAAAAUAAAAAAAUAGAAAUAAUUAAAGUCAGCAACCUUAAUUUACAAAAAAAUUAAGAAACAAGAUUGAUGGAUUUAUAUUGAUCCAUUUUAUAAAUUGAAUGUAAUUUUUCAAUAUUUCAGAAUUAUUCUCAGCUUUAUUCUCAAUUUAAGUUCUAUUCUUGUUGUGUUAUUGCACUGGCCUAUAUCAAUUAUUGAAACAUAUAUUUCUUGCUUAACAUAUUUUAAUUGAGCAAUAAAUCUUGUUUGUCUCAUUAACUAAUAUGGAGUAAUUAUUUUUAAAAUAGUUGAUGAGAUCAGAUCGAAAGACAGAUUUGUUGUUAUCCCUUCUUCAAAAAUAAGUUUGAAAUGUUUUACUUUAUCAUGUGUUACAUUUGUUGAGUUGCAUUGUUUUGAUCAUUUGUUCUUUUUUUUUCAUUAUUAUUGAACAUCAUAAAAUCAGCUAGAGCACAAAAUCCUAGUCAUUAAUAUUGAUUUUUUUUUUUAAAUACUCAGUUGAGAGCAAUAUUUAUUAGUGCAAGAUUUAGUGAGAGAAGCAACAUAACAGUGUUUUAUGGUUUUAUAUAAGCUUUUUUUUAAAAUAUAUUCAAAAUAUUAUGAAAAAUAGAGUAGAGCAAAUUGAACAUGAUAUUUAUCUUUCUUGAUAUAGAAAGUGAUGUAGAUUUCAUUUUCAAUCCAAUGACUGGUUUUUAUUUUAUUUUUUGUUUAAUAUAUUACUUUAAAUCUUAAAGACUUGAAGUAUAUGACAAUGGGAAUGGUUUUUGUUCUGUUGUCAAAUAUUGAACUGCUUUUAUUAUCCUGACAGAUAACUCAGCAUUUAGACUUUUUUAGAAAACCUGAUAUUUCUUUUUUUUUUUCCCAAAAUAAAAGAAAAAUGUGAAAGUCUUAUAGUGUUUGGACUCAUGAAAUGUUCUAGAAAAAUCUAAUGUCAACUUGAAGCUAAAACUCAACCAUUCAGCUACUGCAUAUAAUUAUACAUAUAUAUAUUUAAAAGAUAUCCAGUAACUUAGAUAUUUGGGUGAAUGCAAUAGCUGUAUGCCAGUUGAAUGAUGCGGUCUUGUAAAACAGGAACAAAAGUGGAUCAAAGACAUAUCCAUAGAGUUAAUUACUGUUUGUUUUUAUUUCUAGUGGAUGGAUAUUGUUGAUUUCAUUUCAAUACUAUGGAGCUAAUACAUUUGUGUUUCAGUCCACAAAAUGGUUUAGGGUCUUUGGUUAUUGUUUACAUUCAUUCUUUUUGAGGAUCCUUGUAGAGGCAUAUUGUUAUAACUAUAUUUUGAAUUUGUAUAAAUAUGUUGCAUUAUAAAGGGAAAUACUUUUAACCUUU